AUGAACUUAUUGCGCGCCACAGUUUUUCUAUGGUCCUUGAUCCACAGUGGUGGUAGGGUUCAGGGAGGGAAUUCUUUAGGAAUCCUCAGUAUAGUUGACUCAGUCAACGGCAUUGUACAAGGUAUUGGCAACGAACUUACUUACCUACUUCUAACACCCUCGGAGUUAUCUCAAGCAUCGAAGCAAAUUUUAUUUGGUUUACCCGAGACCGCUGUUUUUAAGAUCAUUCACAAAUUAUGUACUUUGUACUUAUCAUCGGAUAUUAUAAAACCUCGUGCCCCAUCCAAUAUAGAUACAAUGUCUUUUCGUUUACGUACACCCUGUGAGGAAUACAGUUUUCCCUUAACUCAUGUAGAGGAGAUUUUACAAAAUCCUAACUUUGAUGUUGACAAAAAGGUGGCAAUAUUUGUAAUAGGUUGGAUGUCCAGUACGGAUGAAUCGUAUGUCGGUGAAAUGGCUAAUGCUUUUAAUUGUAGAGGAGAUUAUAACUUUUUGGUCUUGAAUUCGUCCGAUGCCAUACAAACCUUAUACAGUUGGUCUGCUUUUAGUACCGAAGAAGUUGGUAAGCAAAUGGCUCAAAGUUUGGCUAAACUUGUGGAUACGAUUCCACUCGAAAAUAUACACUUAAUUGGACAUAGUUUAGGAGCCCAUAUAGUUGGCUAUACAGGGCGUUAUUUUACCAAAUACACUGGAUUGAAUAUUUCACGUAUAACCGGCUUAGAUCCGGCUAAUCCUUGCUUUAAUGAGGGUGAAACAUUGGCUGGCCUACAGCGUGGUGAUGCCACUUUUAUAGAUGUUAUUCACACUAAUCCCGGAGUUUUGGGUACAACAAAUUCUAUUGGUGAUAUUGAUUUCUUUGUCGACGGUUUAUCCCCCAUUAAGCCUGGUUGUAUUAGAUUUGGCUGUUCCCAUAUUAGGGCCUUUGAAUAUUUUACGGAAUCAGUUUAUCCUGGCAAUGAAAUGAAUUUUAUGGCUAAACAAUGUACCUCGAUGGUGAACUUAAAUAAUAGUUUCUGUUCGGGUCCUACAUAUCAAAUGGGAUUUGCUGUCCCAUAUGAUUUGAAGGGUAAUUUUCUUUUAUCUGCUAAUUCUCAAUCACCAUUCGGACAGAAUAGUAAUGGUCGUCCUGCUGUGCCAACGUAA